AUGUCUAUUAAUAUUAAUAAUAAUAAUAAUAUAUUUGUUAAUUUAUCAUUUUUAUUAAUAAAGAAAAUAGUUUGUUAUCUUGAUACAAAUGUUGACAGAUUUAGAUUCUCUCUUGUUUGUAAACGUUGGUUUCAAGAGAGAUAUAGUUAUUUAGUUCUUGCCAAACGGUAUAACUCUAGUAUGUUGUCAAAUGCAUACAAAUCAAUUGCAUAUGAACAUAAAAUGGAGUGUGAAUUGUAUAUUUCAUCAGAUCAACUUUCAACUCGCAGCCAAGAUGAUGAUGAUGAUGAUGAUUUAGAGGAGCAUCAUAUUAAAUAUAUUACAGAAGAUGAAUUAGCAGCAUCGGGAAUAUCAGAUAAUAUUAAAUCAAUUACUUUUGCUGUACGCAAUUUAGAUGUUUCAAAGUACCGUGAUAUGUUGGAGAGAUCAAACGUUGAAUUUCUGGUGUUGGAUAGUUCUGGUUUCGUCGGUGGUAUAAAGCUGGACGAGAAGCAUCUCCCUCCGGCAUUGCAUACAAUUAUCGGUUGCCCUUGUAGAUGGAUCAAGUCAUUGAAACACUUUACAUCUUUAACUACUUUGGAGUUAGCAGAUGAUAUUCCCUCUGGGUUCUUGGAGACUGGCGAUUUCCCAGAGACUUUAACCAAGUUGGAUCUCAGCUGGUCAAACUCACCACUCGAUCCAAAGAUGAUGAUUCCUUCCACUAUUAAGGAUUUAACACUCAGUAGACAAUCUCCAGAUUUAACUGAGCGACUAGUAUUACCUAGAGAAGCCAACUAUGAAUAUCUUAAUAUUUAUGAUAUUACCUAUCCUAUUACGCCAAAUCAAUUGCCAGCUAGCAUCAAAGAACUCGUAUUGGUUUCAUAUAACCAAGAGCUUGUACCUGGAAGUCUACCGUUUGGAAUUGAAACUUUGAAGCUUCCCUCACUAAGUGCUCGGUAUAUGGUAGAGGGAGCUAUACCCUCUUCGACAAAGAAUCUCUAUUUGUUUCAAGUGGAGACAGAAGGUACAUUCGAUGCUAGAUGCAUUCCAAACUCUGUUGAGUAUCUAAAUCUUGGAGACUAUACUUCAGAAAUCGAUUUCUCAUUGCUACCAGAUUCAAUUAGAACCAUUGAGUGUCGUUUGGAGCUAAUAGAGAAAUAUGGCAUAGAUUCGAUCAAACCAACAGUGACCAAGAUUAAAGGUGAAGACGAAAGUGAAAAUCUCUAUGAAUAUAAUCGUAUCUAUAGCAACUAUUUCGUUUCACCAUAUAUUGGUUUAUGGUUUAUCGAUUCCGCAGGAGUUCACCAAAAGAUAAUCAAUGAUAAAUCUAAAGUUGAAAGUAAGAGUAAUAAUAAUUGUAGUACUCAAUAG